AUAUUUUUGUGAACUCUAAUACUUCUUCUAAAGAAAAACACAAAGGAAGAUCAACAUGGCAUUUGGAUUGUCUGGUUUUGUUCAGGGUAAGAAGACUCUCCGAAGAUCACUUUCAGGCAAUAUGGAAGCAACUUUGAAGUCUUCAACCAUUCCAAAAGGCUACUUUUCUGUCUAUGUUGGAGAAGAUCAGAAGAAGCGUUAUGUAGUACCUCUUUCGUACCUAAAUGAGCCUGCAUUUCAAGACUUGCUGAGUAUGGCAGAAGAAGAAUUCAGAUAUGAGCAUCCGAUGGGUGGACUCACAAUUCCUUGCAGAGAAGACAUCUUCAUUGAUAUCACAUCUCAGUUGAAUUGAUUGUAAUGUGUAGCACUGACAUAGAUUCACUAGUGAAAUUUUUCUCAAUUUUGUAGAUCAUAUACUUUUACCCUUUUUUCAAGGGAAAUUUUUUGACUCUGUGAGAA